UCUGGGAAUAAAGCUGGAGUUGCGUAUUUGUCGUUUUGACUCCAGAGAGGACUCCCAGCGGGCUCCACAUCCCUACAGACGAUUUGCACAACCUCCACUUCACAGGACUGCAGUUGCCGGAGGGAUGCAGUGAAGAAGAGAUAUUUAUUUGACUCCACAUUCACAAUUAGCCACUAAAGGUCGCGUUUUCGUGUAAACAGGAGCAUGGGUCUGCAGACUGUGUUCCGCGCGGUGAUCAUGGGGGCCCCGGGCUCAGGCAAGGGGACCGUGUCCAGCCGGAUAGCGCAGAGUUUCGGACUGAAGCACCUCUCCAGUGGAGACAUGCUGCGGGCCAACAUCGAGGCCAAGACAGAUUUGGGUGUCCUGAUGAAGUCGUGCAUCGAUCAGGGUCAGCUGGUUCCCGAUGAUGUUAUCUCUCGUCUCAUCCUGUCCAGUCUGAGGGGUCUGGAGCAGAGCAGCUGGCUUCUGGACGGGUUUCCUCGUACUGUGGCUCAGGCCGAAGCCCUGGACAGCGUGUACGAUGUGGACUCUCUUAUAAACCUGGACGUGCCUUUCCAGACGAUCCGAGAGCGCCUGACCUCUCGCUGGGUGCACCUUCCCAGCGGCAGGGUCUAUAAUACAGACUUCAACCCGCCUAAGAAACCAGGUCUUGAUGAUGUCACAGGAGAACCGCUGGUCCAGAGAGACGAUGACAGUCCUGAAACUGUGUCCAGGAGACUCAAGGACUAUGAGAGACAGACACAACCAGUUCUAGAGUAUUACAGGAGUAAAGGAGUGUUGGAGACCUUCUCAGGAACUGAAACCAACAAGAUAUGGCCUCACGUUCAUGCCUUCCUGACCAGGAAAAUCCCAGGAAACCAGCAGGCUAUGGGAAAAGCGUGAUUGCACAACAACCUUGAGGACUUGCACCACAGCUGAAGUACACUGUUAGACUCGAGCACAAUGCACCUCUGUGGCCUUAAGCAGUCUGCUGUAUUUGUCCAAGCCUUUGGUGUCACCAUCUGCUUUUAUGCCUUUGUGAGAAAGUUAGUGCCAAACUAGAGGUUUAUGGUCAAACUAGUCUAUUACUGAGCUCUAGCGCUGUCAUCUUAAGGAAAUAAACCCAGCUUAGUGAGUUAGAGGUAGGCAUGCUAAGAUUAAUAGUUGACUCCAAAGUAAAUAAUUCUCAACUUUCCACUUAGAAGAAGUGCCCAGCCCAUAAGAUUUUUUUUUCUUUUAACUGAAGUGGCUACAAAGCUUGGACACAGCAGCUCUAAAACAUUCCUGUUUAUUGUCCAUAAUGACAUUUUAAUAAUAUGAUUGAAAUUUGUGCAUACUAAAGAAGUAUUAAUUUAAACAUUUCCCAAAUGAAUCACUGUGGCCAUAAUUAGCAAAAACACUGUCUAAUGCCUGUGUGGUGAUUUUUCUAUUGUAGAUCAUAUGAAUGUUAAUAUUUUUUGCAUAUACAAAAUAAUGUAUUUUUAAUUAAGAAAAGUUUGCACAAUACAAUAAAUAAUAAAGCGAAAGAAAAUCUAUAAUGUAAUCAAAAUGUAUAAAAUGUUGUUUUAUAAGUCCUUUUGUAUGGAUAAACCACUAUUGUGUGGUUAUGAAGUCCUAGACCACCAAGGAAGUGCACAGUGUUAAUUCAUCUAAUUUUAUACGUAUAUAAAACUAUAAAUUGUAGUGAUUGAAAACCUGCUAUUGAAUAAUGGAGAAAUUAAGUAUAAUGCAAAGCAUGGCAUUUCAGAAACCACUGCAAUAAACAGUGAAGCUCAAA